CAGCAAAGCCCCAUCCAACAGAUUCCGCUAUAGUUUUGUUUUUGUUGAAAACUGGACAUCAGAUCCCUCUCCCUCUGGAGUUUGUUGUUAUAGCUAGGGUUCAUUUUGUUCUGUUUUUGCCUAUUUGUUUCAUUAGUGACUUUACUGUAAUAAUUCUGAAAAGUCUGUAUUCCUUGUAGUGUUUGAUCACUUAAAUCUCUGCUUGCUGAGCUUGGUGGUCAGUUACUGAUGAAUCAGAGAUUUCCUUAAAUGCUUUGAACAGAUGUGUCUGGCACCCUUGCCAGGGGACCUGUGUAUGUAUGUGCUGGGACAGGCCUUUGUCCUCAAGCAGUUUGUCUUGCCUUCACCUUCUGCUCGCACAGGGCUUCAGGGUCAGCCAGAGGGAACACCUCAGUCUUUCCUGGCUUGUGCACAGCUCUGCACAUGCCCACGCCCUUCGACGUCACCAGGACUCUGUCAGCGCUCUUCAAAGCUCACUGCAGACAUCUGGUUCCCAGGCUCUCGCUUGCCUCACCUGGUGGUGUAGCUUUAGGCAGCUGUGAUGUUAAAAAAGAAAAAAGCGCAGCUGUUUGUUUUCAACUAACACCCACAAAACAAGCUCCAAGUCAGGUCAAAUAGCAACCGUGCUCUGUGAAUGGGGCUUUCCUAGGGACCUGUAACAAAGGUCAAAUAGUGACAGUGUUGUAGAGAGGGGGGCUUUUCGAGGGGCUGCAGACCUGGUUUGCCCCCUCGGGUGCCUGCCAGGCUGUGGAUCUGCACACCUGCCGCGGCUGUGGAGCUGCUGGCUUCAUGGCUGCUCAUGGGAAGGAAGGGUGGGAGGUCAUGUGCACAGCCUGCUGUCUCAGGUCGAUCGUUCUUGCAUUAGUGCUCCUCGGGGUGUGCAGGCCCCCGGUUAAUCCUGAGCUCUGCACUUCCUUUGCUUGUCUGGAGCAGCGGCUGCACAGAGGUCCUCCCCAUGCCACUCAGGACAGUGGCUGGCUCCGAGGUCUCGCGGGGUGUCCCCUCGCCCUUCUCGCCCUUCUCUUUCCUGUGUUCUUUCGUCCUCGAGUUUCUCCCCAGCAGUUUCUCGUUACUGCGGGUCUUUGCCCUGGAAGGAAGCUCAGGUCCAGCUGCUGUGGGCCUCCCCUUGGGCCCCGAGCCCCCCUGCUUUACUGCCAAGAACACGCCUCCUGAUUCCAGCAGCCUGGUCCUGGCACUGCCAGAGUACCUGUGGGCUCCCUGGGCAUUAUCAGUGUGGCACAUGCCCAAGGCUUCCUUCUCUUUUCUCCUGUGCAGAUCCAGUACCGUACAGGCCUUGUGUGUGUGCAUGGUUUGUCCUCGGCUUAUACUCUGGAGUUGAGGAAAUAGCGGAUCAGUUUUGUCUUGUUUUGAUGUUCUCCAUGAGACUGUGGUUCCCUGUUCUAGUUCUGUGCUGUAUUACCGACAGAGACUAACUGCUUAAAAUGAAUAAAAUAACCACCCUGAAGAGGGAAAACUGACCCGAGAACCUCUUGGACACAAUGCUUGCUUCUAUAUGCUCAAGCCCAAAGACAGACGUUUAUAAACUAGUAUCUCUAGUUAGAAAGCUUGUUCUCCCUCCUGGGUUAGCUUCUGAAACGACUCUCUGGGUAUUGUAGAACUGAGUCAAUGCGUAAACCUUUUAAGGUGGCAGGGGCCAGAUUUCUCACUGCUGGAGAAAGAAGUUACAAAGACGGAAAAAAGGAGGCUAGAAUGAUCCUGUGGUGUUGGGUUGAAAUUGGAGGUGUCAGCGUGAAGUUAGGGUGUUUAUUACAUGCAUGUCAAUGUGUGUGUGUGUGUGUGUGUGUGUGUGUGUGUGUGUGUGGUUUUUAGUUAAUCCAUCGGAAGGGCCUAGAAGCAAAGGCCCCCAGUGGCAGUGAGCACACCACACACCUCGCUCUCUACCCAUCAGUAUUGUUUUCAUUACUCUGUCGUUUCUGCAUCACUGAACUUUCGUAUGCAGUUAUAUUCUUUCUGCCUGAAGAACACUUGCAUUUCCUGAAGUACAAGUCACCAGAACUUUGAAGACAUCACUCCUCUGUCUCCUGGUUUACAUUGCUUCUCUUGAGAAGUCUGAAAACAAUUCCUCAGGAAGUUUUCUCUUGUAUGUUACAAAGACCAGCAUAAUGAGCCCCGCGACUCAUCACCCUGCUUCAACAGGAAAUGCAGGACCAUCAAGAUGGCGGCUAUCCUGUUUCCAAGAUGACAGGCAGGGCUGCACCGCAUGAAUGGACGUAUGCAGCGUGAAGGACUUACCGAGCUCCUGGGAAGCAGUGGUCUGCGCCCUAAGAUGAUGUGCUCAUGAGUUGCACACUCUGGUUUUCAGUGAGAUGUAUGAUUGGCCAUAUUCAUAAACAUCCCGAAAGACAGAACUGUUGAAAUCACUGAAGAAAAUGUACAUUUGGGGCACAAAUGCGCAUUUGGAUCAUUUUUUUUACCAACCUAAGAGAUCAGCAUGGUGAAGCAGCCGGAAUAGUUAUGGUCAGCCAUGGAAAAUAACCAGGAAACUCAUCCCAAAGCGGGUGGUGAUUUUGUUUCCGAUAAAGUAAAUUUUAAAAUAGAAGGGGAAGAUGUUGGUCAAAUUCCGAACCACAGUCUGGAAAGAAUGGACUUUAAAAUUGAGCAAGAGGACAGGAAACCAGCUGACAGUGGUGACGGACGGGCAGAGACCAGAGAAACGAGCUGUGGCUGUGAGCCGCCGGGGAGGUGUGUCCCCGCCGACGGCGAGGACGAGUACGGGUCCCUGUUCUCACAGUACAGCAGCACGCUGUACGACGUGGCGAUGGAGGCUGUGACGCAGAGCCUGCUGUCCGGCCGGAACAUAAGCUCCAGGAAGAAGUCUCCGGCUUGGAAGCAUUUCUUCAUCUCUCCUCGGGACAGCACGAAAGCAAUAUGCAUGUACUGCAUGAAGGAGUUCAGCAGGGGCAAGAACGAGAAGGAUCUGAGCACCAGCUGCCUCAUGCGCCACGUGAGGAGAGCGCACCCCACGGUGCUCGUCCAGGAACACGGGCACGGCGCCGCCUCGGCCCUGGCCUCGCUUUCGCCCCCGUCGCUGCUGCUCCCGCCACAGCCCGCUGAGGUCGGAGACCUGGGUGCUGUGCUGUCGCCCAUCAAACUGGUCCAGAGGAUGGCAUCUAAGAUCCCGUCUCCCGAUCGAGUGACAGAGGAAUCUGUGUCUGUCAUGUCUUCUGAAGACAUCUCCUCCGACGUGUCCACCUCCGAGAAGUACGGCCGGGAAGAAGCCGCGGCGGGGGCCCCCCCACAGCUCCCCACGCCCCACUACGAUGAAGUUGCAGAGAGCGGGGCAGAGAGGAGCCUUGCGCCUCACAAGGGCACAUCCGGGUCCCGCCGGCGAUCGGCGGUCUGGAGGCACUUCUACCUGUCGCCUCUCGACAGCUCCAAGGCCGUCUGCAUCCACUGCAUGAACGAGUUCAGCAGAGGCAAGAACGGGAAGGACCUGGGCACGAGCUGCCUGAUCCGGCACAUGUGGAGGGCACACCGCUCCAUCGUGCUGCAGGAGAACGGCGGGGGGUCGGCCAUCCCGCCCCUCUACUCCGCGCCCCCCACGCUGCUGCCUGCCCCUCCGCCCCCGGACGGAGAGCCCGGCUCCGUGUCGUCGUCGCCGGGGAGGCUGGUCCAGCCGCCCCCCUCGGCAGCCUCCUCCCCGGACCGGCUCACAGAGGACCUGCAGUCACAUCUGCUUCCCGGAGACGCGCUGAUGGAAGACGCAUCGGUGUCAUCGCCCUCUGAUGCUGCCGGUGAGGCAUCAUUGGUGUCCUCUCCCGAGAAGCGGCAGGGUGACAGGUUGAGCCCUCGCAUGUUUGGACCUGGUGCUGCAUUCCAACAGAAUAAAAAGGCAGUGAAGAGACUGAAGUCCGAAGUGUGGCAUCACUUUUCGCUCGCCCCCACGGACAGUCUGAAGGCAGUGUGCAGACACUGCGGGUGUGUCAUCAGUCGGGGGAAGAAGGGAGAUGUGGGCACGAGCUGUUUGAUGAGACAUCUCUACCGACGCCACCCGGAAGUUGUUGGGAACCAAAAGGGCCUUCUGGGGGCCAGUUUGGCAAAUUCUCCGUACGCCACCUUGGCUUCUGCAGAAAGUUCCUCCUCUAAAUUAACUGACUUGCCAACAGUGGUUACAAAAAACAGUCCAGCUCUAUUUCCCGUUCACAGCAAAAAGACCUCCAAGCUGUGGAAUCAUUUCUCCGUCUGCCCUGCAGACCCCACGAAAGUCGUGUGCCUGCACUGUGGCCGGACGAUAAGCAGGGGAAAAAAGCCGACCAACCUGGGCACCAGCUGUCUGCUGAGGCAUCUGCAGAGGUUCCACGGCAGCGUGCUGAAGGCUGACGUCCCCAAGACCGCGCUGCCCCCAGCUCCAGGCGGCCGCGAGCCACUGAGCACAGAAUUGUCAGGAGCCUCCUCCUUUGACGACACCGAUGAGAAGUUCUAUGACUCUCAUCCAGUUGCCAAAAAAAUAACGAGUCUCAUAGCUGAAAUGAUUGCACUUGACCUUCAGCCAUAUUCUUUUGUAGACAAUGUUGGCUUUAACAGGCUGCUCGAAUACUUGAAACCUCAGUACUCUCUGCCCUCACCUUCCUACUUUUCCAGGACAGCUAUCCCAGGGAUGUACGACAAUGUGAAGCAGAUAAUUGUGUCACAUCUCAAGGAAGCUGAGAGUGGCGUGAUCCACUUCACGUCCGGAAUAUGGAUGAGUAACCAGACCCGGGAGUACCUGACCCUCACCGCUCACUGGGUCGCGUUCGAGUCAUCGGUCCGGCCGCACUGUGAGGAUCACCACUGCUCAGCACUUUUAGAUGUGUCACAGAUUGACUGUGACUACAGUGGCAACAGCAUUCAGAAGCAGCUGGAAUGUUGGUGGGAGGCCUGGGUGACAUCCACUGGCCUUCAGGUCGGUAUCACGGUGACCGACAACCCGAGCAUAGGCAAGACGCUGAAUGAAGGGGACCACUCAAGCGUGCAGUGCUUCAGUCACACGGUUAACCUCAUCGUCAGCGAGGCCAUGAAGAGUCAGAGGAUGGUCCAGAACUUACUCAGCAUCGCACGGAAGAUAUGCGAGCGGGUACACCGGUCACACAGGGCCAAGGAGAGACUGGCCGAGCUGCAGAAGGAGUACGAGCUGCCGCAGCACCAUCUCAUCCAGGAUGUCCCAUCCAAGUGGAACACGUCGUUCCACAUGCUUGAGCGGCUCGUCGAACAGAAGAGGGCGAUUAACGAGAUGUCCAUCGAGUGUAACUUCAGAGAGCUGAUCAGCUGUGACCAGUGGGAGGUCAUGCAGUCCGUGUGUCACGCGCUGAAGCCCUUCGACGCCGCGAGCCGGGAGAUGAGCGCCCACGUGUCCACGCUCAGCCAGGUCAUCCCCAUGAUCCACAUUCUAACCAGGAAGGUCGAGAUGCUGUUCGAGGAGACGAUGGGCAUCGACACCAUGCUCAAGUCCCUGAAGGAGGCCAUGGUGAGCCGGCUGUCUGCCACCCUCCACGACCCCAGGUACGUGUUCGCCACACUGCUGGACCCGCGUUACAAGGCCUCGCUGUUCUCCGAGGAGGAGGCCGAGCAGUACAAGCGGGAUUUAAUCAGGGAGCUCGAGAUGCUGCAUUCUACCUCAGAGGACACACCUGUCUCCAACGGGUGUGGUCCAGGCUCCCCAUCGAAGGACGCCGGUGGGGAGGACAACCUGUGGUCACUCAUGGCCAAGAUACAAAAGCAGGACCCGCGAGGAAAGACGAAAGUCCCCGAGGACGCGGUGCUCGCCUAUCUGGAGGAGGAGGUGCUAGAACACGGCUGUGACCCGCUCACCUACUGGAACCUGAAGAAGUCGGCCUGGCCGGGCCUCUCCGCUCUGGCUGUCAGGUUCCUGGGCUGCCCCCCGAGCGUCGUCCCUUCGGAGAGGCUGUUCAGCACACACACCGAGAAUGGUAGCUUCGGCCAGUCCAGGCUCACGAUGGAACAUUUUGAAAAACUGAUCUUUUUGAAAGUGAAUCUUCCCUUAAUAUACUUUCAGUAUUGAGACUCGCAGUGGAGCCACCGGCUGAAGACCCUGUUGCUUGUUAGGCACCAGCUGUUUGUCCCGGGCUGGUGGCUCCUCCGGUCGGGGCCAUGUAGGACAUCAGACCAGGCACUCUCAGGUCCACGCUGAGCUCCCUCUGCUCUCACCGUAAUGUCUACAUGUGCCUUACUCCCAGUCCUUCAGGCCAGGAAUCACGGCGUGUUUUUUUAAGACGUCCACUAGAAAUAGCCUGUCUAGUCAAUUAUGAAAUACGAUGAUUAGGUUUGAAUCCAUAACUGUAAAGUUUUUUAAAAGUUGGGGGUUAGUAAUUUGUUUCACUAGAAUGGCAGAGAAGAUGUAAACAGUUUUAUUCUGUAGGCUUUUUAUUCAAUUAUGUAAAAACCACAAAUCAGGUACUGUAUUUUAGUUAAAAAUUGCUUUAAUUGCAACAAAACAGCUUUUGUGGCUGUCGAAUAAAAUCUGUACAUAGGAGGUGGAGUUGAAGCCAUCCUGACUGAGCGGUUUUUAAGUGCAGGCUCUAAAGUAUGUAAGGAGCACAGAGAAUAUUCUGGAAGAUAGCUGUUUACUAUAAGAAAGACGUGGCAUUUGAAGACAAAACUAAACCGAGGUGGAUCACCGAGUGUCGGUGAUACCGUGAUUGGUGAGAACGUCCCAUCUCCCGCCCUGCAUUCAGGUCUCACGCGGCCACGUAGCUCUGACACCCGACUCGUUAUAAGGGCGUCAGGCCGUGCACAACACACUCGUUUACGGCAGUGCUGGUGAUUAAGCCUCCAAGCCUCUGACGUAGUCUCUGCACUUCAAAGCCGUCUUUUGAAAUUUGUGUAGUGACCGCCAGUUUGAUCAAAUCAUGUGUAAAAUUCUUUUUUAGAAGAGAUGGCUUAUCAACAGGGAAGACUUAUACGGAGGUUAAGAGUAGGGUUAGGUGUUUAGAUUUAUAAUAGGGAACAUUCAGCCAUCACUGGGAUUAGUUGUAGGAUCCCAAGGACGUCAGAAUGAAGUGUGAGCUGUCAUAUUCUUUUAACAAUAAUAUGUCUUCAAAGUUUUUGCUUCAACAGGUAGGAAAGGGUUCAUUUUCUUAUUUCAUACCAAUUAAAUAUUAUGGGUGAAGCAAGUCACUCCUUUGCCUCUGACCUUUUAGAAAAGUUGUUUUGUUAAAAUACUGUACCUAUUAUUCAUCUGACUUUGCAUUGACUAUGUUUUAGUGUAUUUAUAAAUGAUGAGCUCAGUUUCUGAAAUUAAACUUUUUAUUUGUGAUUUUCUA